UGAUUCGAAUGUAAACAGCUGACUUACCGAUAAAUAAUAUUUAAUAUAACUUAAAAUAGCUCCAUAGAAUAAUGGAGGACCUUUGUCGAGUUUGCCAUGGAACCUCCGAAAACAUGGUAAACAUUUUCGAAGGAUCGGGAAGACUUGGGAUAUCCAUAGAGCACAUGAUAUCUGAAGUCACCGGUUUCAGACUCGAAAAAGAAGACUCAUUUCCGGAUUCCAUUUGCCCGCCCUGCCUGGAAGAUGCGCAAAAUGCAUACGAUAUUAUACAAACCUACGAGCGCAGCUACAGGAUCUUCUGUGAAGCUAAGGAUGCGAUCCUAGAGGAUGAUUCACCGGAGGAAGAUACUAAUCAUAUGACACCAAAUAGCGAAUCGGAGUCCGUUAAGGAAACCCUGAAGGAAAAGAGGAGACGGAGAUGGAAGGAAAAGAAAAAGACGCACGAGUGCUCCCAGUGCAAGCAGGCUUUUCAGAUCGCCUCGCUUCUGAAGCGGCACAUCCAGCGCAUCCACGUGCGAGCACGACCGUACCAGUGCAGUCACUGCCCAAAGGCAUUCGGGGAUGCCUACACCCUGAGGAUGCACAUCAGGACCCACACGGGCGAGAAGCCGUUUAAGUGCUCCCGCUGCCCGAUGGCAUUUACCAAGGCCAGCAGUCUGAGGAGGCACUUUGGCCAGCACACUGGGAAUCUUCCGUUCAAAUGUUCCCAGUGUCCGAAGUCCUUUUACGAUCGGGGUGGUCUCAAGCAACACUUUGUUUUGCACUUGAAGGAGCGGCCGUUUCAAUGCGAUCAGUGCCAAAGGUACUAUAGGGAUGAGAACUCCCUGAGGAGGCACUCCAGCGAGCACACUCGGGAACGUUUGUUCAAGUGCUCCCACUGCCCGAAGGCCUUUAUGCACAACUCCGGACUAAAGCGCCACAAUAUGAGCCACACGGGAGAACGGCCGUUUCCAUGUGAUCAAUGCGAGAAAUGUUUUAAGGAUGUGACCUCCCUCAACAGACAUACAAGGACUCACACGGGGGAACGACCCUUCAAGUGCUCCCUCUGUGAAUCGACCUUUUCGGAUCCAUCAAGUCUUAAGCAGCACCAAAUGAUUCACACGGACGAACGACCGUUUAAAUGUGAUCAAUGCGAUAAGGCUUUCAGGGCACGAUGUGAUUUAAAGAAACAUAUCAGGACUCACACGGGAGAGAAGCCCUUUGAGUGUGCCCACUGUCAGAAGACUUUUGCGCAACGAUUCGGUCUGCGCAAGCACAAAGAAAUGUUUCAUAAGGGGGAAUCAAAUGAUUCGGAUAAAUCUUAGCUUUCAUUUCUGACCUAUAAAUACCUUAAAAUACUU